GGAAACGAGUCCGGAAACCCUGGGCCAAUCAGACAGGGCUGGGGCGGGGUCUGCUGCAGGGCUUAGCGCUGCAGGCCUCUGGCGGGAACGCUAACCUGGUCGAUCCUGGGUCUCAGCCCCGCGGACAGCUUUUCACGAGUCUUCAAGCCUUCAGGCUUUCUUCUAGUCAAGAUGAGUGAUAAACCAGACUUGUCGGAAGUGGAGAAGUUUGACAGGUCAAAACUGAAGAAAACUAAUACUGAAGAAAAAAAUACUCUUCCUUCAAAGGAAACUAUCCAGCAGGAGAAAGAGUGUGUUCAAACAUCGUAAAAUGGGGAUCUCCUCCAAAGAGCAGAUUUCAACAUUGUCUGACAGUCUUGGUUUUGGGUUUGUUUUUUUUGUAACCCUAUGUGUUUGUAAAGAUUUCAGGCAUCUUCUGAUUUCUUCUCAACUGUAUUCCCUGGCUAAGAGGUCAGGGGUAGUGAAUGUUUCCUUAAGUUCCUUUUUAAACUUCCCAUUGGUAUGUAAAUUCCAAAUGGCAGAUGCUGUCAAUAAUCUUGCCAUUGAUGACCUUUGUGUACGUAGUCCUUGCACCUCAUACAGGAUAAGCCAAUUUAAACUUUCUACAAUGGAUGCCUCAAUUGUUUUGUAAUCUUCAUGAGGUUGCAUCCUUUUGCAGCUUCUUAUAGUUUAUUUUCACUUCCAAUGUAGCAAUAAAAUAAUAAAUAUAAUAGUUAUCGUG